UUUUGGCCAGUAGCGGUAGCUUCUAGAAACAUUUCAAAACAAUAACUUCAAAGUCGACACACCAAAACGCGAGUAGCAAGUCUUACGUCGAGACAGAAAAACGUGUGCGUGAUUGUGCUGUGCCAGACAACACCAUUGAAUAUCUUUGUAUUAGCUGUACGAUUUGAGAAACUAUAGAGUAAGUUCGAUUGGACAGAUCGAAAAAAGACAUUGUAAUCAUUGAACCAAGUGCUGCGUAAAAUACUAAAUCGUGAUUCCAAAAUGCCCGAUACGAUUCAAUAUUCGGAAAAAUACAGCGACGACCAGUAUGAAUACAGGCAUGUUAUUCUGCCGAUCGAGCUCGGAAGAAAAGUACCCAAAUCACAUCUCAUGACCGAGAGCGAGUGGCGUAAUUUAGGCGUUCAGCAGAGUCCUGGAUGGGUACAUUACAUGAUGCAUGGUCCAGAACCUCACAUAUUGUUAUUUAGAAGGCCCUUACCCUCUCCUCAGCCGCAACAAUCGCAGCAGUCACAACAACAGAAUAUUUGUGUCGCUUAGACCAUGUUAUCAUCUAUCUUCUUCAAGCUUGGAUUUCUCGUACUUUCUAUUUAAAUAUUAAGUAUCAUGGAUUCUUAUGAGAUUUAAGACUUGAAUGUUAAGGAUGUAUAGGAUAAUUAACUUGAAAUUUCUCAAACGUAAACAAUGAGAAAAAAAUUCAAGUCUCGCAGUAUUUACAGAAUUUUUGUUUGAAAUCAUGUGUAGUAUUACAAUGUAAACUAGUAAGUUUCAGGCCAUAAUCAAUUUGCGGAUUUCAAUCCGCAUAGGACCAUAUCAUAAAAUACAAUAAAUUAAUUGUAGUAAUUAAACUCUUUAGGUUUAAUUAAUAAGUACACUGUGAAUAUGAAUUUUAGCUAAUACUAUAAGAUGUUAUUGUCUUUAUAAAAAUUUAAGGCGUAAGGUGUAUCUUACAACGUGUCAUUUUUUCUAUGAAUCAAUGUUUUGUGUUGCUGGUAAUCAACAUUUUUCAUAAGAAUCAUAAAAAUAUACUGGUGAUUUUGUAUUCUUCUAUAAGUAUAAAAAAAAUUGAAAGUCAAACAAUAUUUCAAUUGCCAUACGAAAGAAAAUUAAACCAUUUUUUGUAAAA